GAGACUCAGAGUCUGACUCGGACUGCGUCACUUCCGUUCCCCUGCCUAUUUCAUUUUCCUCGCUCACAAAACGAUUCGUCAUCUCACAAAACAUUGCUUCAUACCUUUAUUUGCCUUUUCUCUCGUCUUUUACAUUUUGAUUUAUUUUUCUUCGGAAAUCCUUCCCAGUUUAGUCUCGAGUUUGCCAAAAAAAUGUGUUUUGUUGUUGUUGGGUUCUGAGAAAACGGAGGAAUAUAGCUUUUUUCACCAUUGAGGCACGAUUGAGAGUGGAAGUGUGAGUUGAAGAAGGGCAUGGCAUCCUCAGAUGGCGAAGCCGAAGCUCUGCCGUCUACUGUGUCAAAUUACCAUUUCGUGGAUGACAGAGACGAACCCAUAUCAUUUCAUGUUCUGCCCAUUCAAUGGAGUGAAGGUGAGAGGCAGGGUGGCAAGAAAGUUAAGAUUUUUCUGCAUGGAACUGUUGAUAAUGGGAUUCAGGAGAUAUAUAAGCAUGUUAUAGCUUGGAAGUUUGACCUUUCCAAGGGAAAGCCCGAGAUUUUUGUACUCUCCGAGGAAAAUAAUUGGCUUAGGCUUCUGAAGCCGAGGAAGAGCUUUGAGGACACGGUGCGGUCAAUCUUGAUAAUGGUUCAGUUCCUUCAUUAUGUGAAGAGAAAUCCUGAAACAUCCUACAAAUCUUUGUGCACUCACUUGUCUAAAGUUUUCAGCUUGUAUGACGUCAGGCAUUCUCAUAAUGAUCUGCUGGAUCACAUUCUGUUGAUACGUGAUUCUAUUGAACGGGAUGAUGCCUUAGCAAGGUCCAAGUUUUUGGUGAAUUUCCUUGGAGAGAAGCCCGCAAAGAGGCAACUAUCUGAUGAGGACAUUCAAGCUACCGAAAAGCCCGGAUUUAUAGUUGAUCACAUGGAAGAUUAUGAGAUUGAAGUUGAAGACGAGUCCAAUGAUGAUGAUGACCUGUUUGAUUCUGUUUGUGCUUUUUGUGAUAAUGGUGGCAAGCUUUUGUGCUGCGAAGGGAGAUGCCUAAGGUCCUUUCAUGCAACUAAAAGGCUUGGUAAGGAUACCAGGUGUGAGUCUCUUGGAUUUACCCAGGAUGAAGUAGAUGCGAUGCCAAUUUUCUUCUGCAAGAACUGUGAAUAUAAACAGCAUCAGUGCUUUGCUUGCGGGAAGCUAGGAUCCUCUGAUAAAUCUUCAGUUGCUGAGGUCUUCCGCUGUGUUUCUGCAACCUGUGGUCAAUUUUACCAUCCACACUGUAUUGCACAACUCGUUUAUCCAGACAACAGAGUUACUGCUGAAGAACUUGAGAAAAAAAUUUCUAUGGGGGAAUCUUUUACGUGUCCAAUUCAUAAAUGCUGCGUUUGUAAACAAGGAGAGAAUAAGAAAGAUCCCGAGUUGCGGUUUGCUGUGUGCAGGCGUUGUCCAAAAUCCUACCACAGGAAAUGCUUACCAAGUGAGAUUGUAACUGAAAAAAUUGAGAAAACAGAGGAAGAGGAAGAAGAGGAAGAAGAGGAAGACGAGGAAGUGGAAGAUGAAGAAGAUGAAGACAUAGAGGGUGAAGAUGUAAUAACAAGGGGUUGGGAUGGUCUAUUACCUAACCGUAUACUAAUAUAUUGCCUGAAACAUGAGAUAGUUAAAAGAAUUAAAACUCCAAUAAGGGACCACUUAAAAUUCCCUGAUGUUAACGAAAAGAAGACUGGUCUUGAAGAGAAAAAGAAAAAGCGGGCAGCAGAGUCCGUUUUAGAUAGAGAGAAAUCUGUUACAAAGAAGAGAAACCUUCCAUCUGAAGAAUUCUAUAGGGGUAAAACUGCUCAUACAAUAUCUAAACAGAAGCUGAAGUCACCUUGUGCUGUAGAAGUGGGUGGCAGCAGAACUACUGAAAAAGUACCUUCUGGGUUGGAUAUAUCAAGAAGGGUGAAAGUAAAUAGUUCAUUGAAAAAGGAAAUUAAUACUUCCGUGGCUGAGGAAAGGAAGUCCUCAUUCGGUGAUAUGCUAUUUGGGGUGAAGGGGUCUGAGCAAGUGAAGUCAGGGAAGCAGGGUAAACCUGAUGGUGAGCGUAACUCAGUAGUAGUUAAUCUUGCCUCUAAAAAGUUAAGCAGCACACCACCUUCUUUAGAUGUAGCUACAAAGAGAAGAUUAUUGGCUCUAAUGAAAGAUGCUGUGUCUUCAAUAACUUUGGAAGAGGUUAAAAGAAAGCAUAAAGUUCCUUCGACUCAUGCAUUGUCAUCCAGAAAUGCUGUGGAGAGGAACAUUACACUUGGAAAGGUGGAAGGCUCAAUUGAGGCUGUUCGAACAGCGUUACGGAAACUAGAGGAAGGAUGCAGUACUGAAGAUUUAGAGGCUGUGUGUGCACCUGCGAUGAUUAAUCAGAUUUAUAAGUGGAAGAACAAACUGAGAGUCUAUCUUGCACCUUUUUUGCAUGGAAUGCGCUACACCUCCUUUGGUCGCCAUUUUACAAAGGUGGAAAAAUUAGAAGAGAUUGCUGAUAGGCUCCAUUGGUACGUAAAGAAUGGAGAUACGAUUGUGGACUUCUGUUGUGGUGCUAAUGAUUUCAGCAUCAUAAUGAAGAAAAAGCUUGAAGAGACAGGGAAGAAGUGCUUUUACAAAAACUACGACUUCAUUCAACCAAAGAACGAUUUCAAUUUUGAGAAGAGAGAUUGGAUGACUGUUCAACCAGAGGAGUUACGGACAGGGUCACGAUUGAUCAUGGGGUUGAACCCUCCUUUUGGAGUUAAAGCAGCUUUGGCGAACAAGUUUAUCGACAAGGCUCUCGAGUUCAAUCCAAGGAUUCUUAUUCUAAUUGUUCCACCAGAAACUCAAAGGUUAAACGAAAAGAAUUCGCAUUAUAAUCUAAUUUGGGAGGAUGAGCAGUUUCUGUCUGGAAAGUCAUUCUAUCUCCCUGGAUCUGUUGAUCAGAAUGACAAACAAAUGGAGCAGUGGAAUGUGAGGCCACCUCCACUCUAUCUUUGGAGCCGUCCUGAUUGGUCUGCUGAGAACAAGGCUAUAGCUCGAGAGCAUGGGCACAUCUCUGCAUCACCACCAGGGUUUCAUGAAAACAUUGCCAAAUCAACAUCUCUGCACCACUUCCCCAACUCUAGGCGUUUUCAUCACAACAUUCCCAAAUUCACAAACAAUUUCUAAACCUUACAGCUGGGUUCUGUUUCCCAACCAGUGGCUCAUGAAGGUUGUGCAAAUCUUUUUUAUUGGUCAACUGUUGAGUCAUGUAAGGAUCAAGUAGCCUUAUACCAAUUACAAAAUUAAGAAA